AUGGCCCGUGCCGCCGCCACCGCCGCCUGCGUUCUUUUGCUCGCGCUGGGAGCCCUUGGCCAGGGCCAGAUCCCCCUCGGUGCAGACCUGGCCCCACAGAUGCUACGUGAGCUGCAGGAGACCAACGCGGCGUUGCAGGACGUUAGGGAACUGCUGCGGCAGCAGGUCAAGGAGAUCACGUUCCUGAAGAACACGGUCAUGGAGUGCGACGCGUGUGGCAUGCAGCCCGUGCGCACCCCUGGUGUGAGCGUGCGCCCCCUGCCCCACUGCGCGGCCGGCUUCUGCUUCCCCGGCGUGGUCUGCACCGAAACCGCGAGCGGCGCGCGCUGCGGCCCCUGCCCCGCGGGCUUCACCGGCAACGGCUCACAUUGCACCGACGUCAACGAGUGUAACGCCCACCCCUGCUUCCCCCGCGUCCGCUGCAUCAACACCAGCCCCGGCUUCCGCUGCGAGGCCUGUCCGCCUGGGUUCAGUGGCUCCACGCACGAGGGCGUGGGGCUGGCCUUCGCCAAAGCCAACAAGCAGGUGUGUACGGAUAUUAACGAGUGUGAGACUGGACAGCAUAACUGCGUUCCCAACUCCGUGUGCGUCAACACGCGGGGCUCUUUCCAAUGCGGCCCAUGCCAGCCCGGCUUCGUGGGGGACCAGGCGUCCGGCUGCCGGAGGGGCACGCAGCGCUUCUGUCCCGACGGCACUCCCAGUCUGUGCCACGAGAAGGCCGACUGCGUCCUGGAGCGUGACGGCUCGAAGACGUGCGUGUGCGCCGUAGGCUGGGCGGGGAACGGACUCCUCUGUGCCCGCGACACGGACCUCGAUGGCUUCCCAGAUGAGAAGCUUCGCUGCUCGGAGCGUCAGUGCCGCAAGGACAACUGUGUCACGGUGCCCAAUUCAGGGCAGGAGGACGUGGACCGGGACGGCAUUGGUGACGCCUGCGAUCCGGAUGCUGAUGGGGACGGCAUCCUUAAUGAGCAGGACAACUGCCCACUGGUGCGAAAUCCAGACCAGCGCAACACCGACGGCGACAAGUGGGGUGACGCGUGUGACAACUGUCGAUCCCAGAAAAAUGAUGACCAGAAGGACACAGAUCAGGAUGGCCGAGGCGAUGCGUGCGACGACGACAUUGAUGGCGACCGUAUCAGAAACACAGUGGACAAUUGCCCCAGAGUGCCCAAUACAGACCAGAGGGAUGCUGAUGGUGAUGGCAUAGGGGAUGCCUGUGACAACUGUCCCCAGAAGAGUAACCCUGACCAGAGAGAUGUGGACCACGACUUUGUGGGAGAUGCUUGUGACAGCGACCAAGACAAGGAUGGAGACGGCCACCAGGACUCCAGGGAUAACUGCCCCACAGUGCCCAAUAGCGCCCAGCUGGACACAGACCACGAUGGUCAGGGUGACGCCUGUGAUGACGACGAUGACAAUGACGGAGUCAUCGACAGUCGGGACAACUGCCGCGUGGUGCCCAACCCGGGCCAGGAGGACUCAAACAGGGAUGGCGUUGGGGACGCGUGCCAGGAUGACUUCGAUGCCGACAAGGUAGUGGACAAGAUCGACGUGUGCCCGGAGAACGCAGAGGUCACCCUCACGGACUUCCGGGCUUUCCAGACAGUGGUUCUGGACCCUGAGGGCGAUGCGCAGAUUGACCCCAACUGGGUGGUGCUCAACCAGGGCAUGGAGAUUGUGCAGACCAUGAACAGCGACCCCGGCCUGGCUGUGGGUUACACAGCCUUCAAUGGAGUGGAUUUUGAGGGGACGUUCCACGUAAACACAGUCACAGAUGACGACUAUGCGGGCUUCAUCUUCGGGUACCAGGACAGCUCCAGCUUCUACGUGGUCAUGUGGAAGCAGAUGGAACAGACAUACUGGCAGGCAAACCCCUUCCGAGCUGUGGCAGAGCCGGGCAUCCAGCUCAAGGCCGUGAAAUCCUCCACGGGACCCGGGGAGCAGCUGAGGAACGCGUUAUGGCACACGGGGGACACAGCAUCUCAGGUGCGGCUGCUGUGGAAGGACCCUCGAAAUGUGGGCUGGAAGGACAAGACGUCCUACCGUUGGUUCCUGCAGCACCGGCCGCAAGUGGGCUACAUCAGAGUGCGAUUCUAUGAAGGCCCGGAGUUGGUGGCGGACAGCAAUGUGGUAUUAGACACCACCAUGAGGGGCGGCCGCCUGGGGGUCUUCUGCUUCUCCCAGGAGAACAUCAUCUGGGCCAACCUGCGCUACCGAUGUAAUGACACCAUCCCAGAGGACUACGAGGCCCAGCGGCUGCGGCGCGCCUAG